GUGAGUUUUUGAUGGAGAUGCUUGGGGUACAGUCCAUGGAAGCAGAAUAUGAAAAAGCACUGUCCACAGCUGAGUCUCUAGACUGCAUUCUCAGCUCUGAAAACCAGUCAAAGGACAUUUCACUGAUCCAGUCAACAAAGGUGUGUAAAAGAAAGAGCCAGUCUACUGAUGAUCAGUUAUGCAAAUCAAGUGUAUCUCAAGCUGAAAACUUUGGUUUCGAGGAUUUAGCGACUUCUACUGUCAAACCCAGUGCUGGUUCACUAGAUAAAACACCAGAAAGACUUUAUAAGAAAGAAGAAUUGGACAGUGAGAAAAAGAAUAAAAUGAAAAAAUUGAAAGCUCCGAACUGCAGUUGUAUGGUGGCAGACUGUGAUCAAUGUCCUGAUUUAGUACGCCAUAGACUGUGUAUGAAAGCAGGAAUUGUUCUGUCUGAUUUUCUUGCUCAAACAGACAUGAGAAGUGCUGCUGAUAUUUUAUUGACAGACAUGCAAUCAAAAUUUGAAAUUUUAAGUGACAUUUGUAGUGAUUCUACCAAUAGCUUGAAUGACUUUGGACUCCCUAAUGAAAAGUCCUUAGUGAAAAAUGGCCAUAUACAUGACCCCCAGUUGUUGUAUACGUGUUUGGAAGCAGGUUGUAUUAAAGCAGAGUCAUAUCUGCAUCAGAAGGACUUUAAUAAAGUACACCAGGUGUGGAAAACAUUCCAAAACCUUGAAAAGUCUGGAAGCUUGAAGAAUGUUCUUCAUAGCAAUAUUUUGUUAACUAGACUGGCACUCUGUGAUGCAUCUGGUUAUAUGCUUUCUCUACAUGAACCUCAGACAAAGUUGAACCAGUCUGAAACAGGAAGUAGGAUAAACCAGUCAGAUAUUGAUAAGAAAAUGGAGGACACAACUCAGAAACUUGAAAACUUGUCGAUAAAACCAAGAAGGAAAGUGUCAUUUGAAGGUGAAGAUGAAAGUUGGACCAUUACUGGAACAUGUAUGAAGAUAGCAAAAAAAAUUACAAAAUUUGCAGAAGAUAUGAUGUCACCUGUGGCAAAGUCUGUCAUGGAUUCAGUGAACACACCAAAGUCACAGUUCAUUGCUAAAAAAUCUAAGGUAGCUUUAACUACACCUGCGACAAAUAGAAUGAUGGUUCUAGAACAGCUGAUGGCCAGUGAUGAAGAAGAUGAUAUGCUUGUUUUUCCAGAACCAAAACCUGUUACACCAAGAGUGGCACCAAAGUCCUCAAAAAGUUCUAGAAUAAAGUCCAAGUGCAAAACUGAACCAAGAAAUCCAAGCAGUAAAAAGCCAGCAUUUACAAUAGCAGAAGAUCCUGUUGAUGAAAAAAGUAUUGCUUGUAAAUUGAACUUUCCUGCUCAGACCAGUGAUGAUAUGUCAGGUAGUAACACUGUAGAUAAUUCUCAUGUCGAACAAAUAAAGAGGAAACCUAGAAAAAUGAAAAAGGAAAAAUGCAGUUCCACAUCAGCUAUAAAUGACACGGAAGGACAAACUGAUGAAGAUGUUGAUAGUAAAGAUAAAACAAGAAAAUCUGGAAUUCCAAAAAGAUCUGGAAGAAAACCAGUUGGUGAUAAAAUAAAGAAUGUUGAAAAGAGUACUGAAAAUAGUAUAGUUAUGCUUAAUGCUGAUGAAAGUAAUAAAACUGGAAACAGUAUUAAUGUCUUGAGGGAGAAGGGAGCAGAUGGUGAUACUGGUCAAUUGGAAAAACUAAACAGUGGCCUUAAUCAAAUAAAAAAUGAUGUGUUUGAUUUUGGACUUGAAGCUUCUCCAGUUGUUGCUAAGGUAUCAAAAACAGGAAGGGGAAAGCAAACAAAGGGAUCACAAAGGGGCAAGAAAGCAAGUGGUGUGCCAAGAAAACCAAGUAAUGAGGAUGAGCAGAAUGUGUGUAUGGAAGUUGAUAAUAAGGAAAAUGAAAGUAUACCAAAAGCUAAAACUAGUUCUAGGAGAGGAAGACCAAAAAGGGGCCCUGAUAAUACAGAAAUGGUUAGAAAGAACAGUGAUGAAUUAGAUGAAUGUGAAUUAGAAAUUUCUUUAGAAGAGUUAACUUUAGAUGAUGAUAGAUAUUCAGAUAUUGGUGACAAUGACACAGAAAGAGCAAGAGACGUAAGUCUUCCAGAACCUGUAAUAGAACAAGGAGAAUUAGUGGUAGGACAGUUAGAUGAUAUAGAAGUUAAAUUAGACAUUGAUUUAGAACCAAUAGAAAUCAUGAGAGGAGAAACUGUUCCAAAAUCCAAAGCUGGUAACAAGUCCAGGAAACGUGGUAAAGCAGUAGCAGCAAAGGCUGAUGAUGCUUAUGAAGAAGAUACUGUUGGAACUACUGAAAGUAAGAAAGAGGAGGGUAGUUCAAGUGGAGAAGACAGCCAUGAUACCAGUAGAACUGUGGAGAAGAUGCGAAGUGGACGUCUAGCCAGUAUGAAUGAACUCACUCAUAUGGACUUGAUGGAUGAGCCAAGGGUAUCCUGUGUAGAAAUGGAUGCAUCAGAAGACAGAUCGCCAUGUGGUUCAGAUAUCAUAUCCGCGUUGGAAUGUUUGUAUGAAAGGCUGUGUAAGUUUCCUCCAAACCCUCAACACUCGGAUGUUUGCCACAUGUUAGCUCUCCACUACCUCGACACUGACCCACAGAGGGCUGCCUUCCUGCUCAGUGAUGCCAUGGCAGUUACAUUCAGACAUCAGGUCUUAUUGAACUUGGGCAGGAAAGCAAAGAGAGAAUCGAAAAGCAGUUGUGCAUCAGUUAGCAAGGCAGGCCAUGUUCAAGAUGGUAUGUUGUUCAGUGGUGAUGAUCUUAAACUGAGUGACAUGGUCAAGUCUAUCCCUGAAGAUUGGUGUGUGGUACAGUUGUCAGUUGUAAGUGUCGGGUUACCAUGGAAACAGAUGAUUCUAACAAGAUUUGUGAAAGAUGAAGAGCCAGUUAUACUGAAGCUACCAGGUUUCUCAUCCCCACAGGGACGUCACAUCUUGAAGGACUUCAGUACCCUGUUGGAACAAAAUGCAGAUAGUGCCAAGAUAGAAUCAACAACAGAAUGGUGGAGUACUCGACGUAAACUCGAUACAGACAUGGAGAACUUGGUUGACAGAAUAGAGAAACAUUGGCUGGGGUGUUGGAGAUGUGCAGUCCUUCCUGGAGAAUUCUCAGAGAAGACUCUUGACCUUGCCUGUAAUGAUGUCAACAAAAUAACAAAGAAAGUGGUAACAAGAAAGGACAUUGAGUUGCUGCUGUUAGCUCACAAGGCAGGGACAGAGAAGGAGAUAGGACAAUGUAUAACUGAUAUCCUCGGUGUGCACAGUUCAAACAUUGACAGCAUUGUCUCUAUACUCAAGAAAUACUCCAACAAGGGUACAGACAAGAAAGAUAACCAGCACAAAAUCCUCAUACUUGAUAAGACUGUGCAACAUCUUCCAUGGGAGAGUAUACCAAUUUUAUCGGACAAGUCUGUUUCCCGGAUGCCUUGCCUGUCACACAUGGUGACACAGCUUAACAACCUCCAAACUCAGAAGAAGUCGGUGUUUCUAAAGGGAGUUAAUCCAAGAAAUACAUUCUAUAUUCUAAAUCCAGACUCGGAUUUGCCCAGGACACAGGAUUUCUUCAAGGACUGGUUUGAAAGUGAGAAAGGCUGGACAGGUGUGAUUGGAUGUCGACCUAGUAGUGAACAGUUUAUAGAUGCUCUCACUAACAAGGACUUUCUCAUAUUUUGUGGUCAUGGUAGUGGUGGUAGAAUAUUCUCCAGUGACGAGAUAGAGAAGUUGACAGCGAGGGCAGUAACAAUGUUGAUGGGGUGUAGCAGUGGUAGAUUACUGGUGAAAGGUCAGCUUGAACCAUCAGGAAUGAUGAUCAGUUAUUUCCUGGCUGGCUGUCCAAGCAUGGUUGCCAACCUGUGGGAUGUUACAGAUAAAGAUAUAGACAAGUUCACAGAGAAUCUCAUCAAAACAUGGAUGUCAUCUAAUCAUGGAACAUACCUCACAAAACUUGUGCAGAGUUCCCGUGCUGUCUGCAAGCUUAAAUACCUCAAUGGCCUUGCACCAGUUGUGUAUGGGCUACCUGUGUUUAUUAACAAAGGCAAAAAAUAGGCACUAGAUUUACUUAUCCUGACAUGACAUAGAGACCUGGGCUAUUCCAGUGAAGUAUUUAUACUGUAUAUGUGAUCUGUUUUGUAAAUCAUGAGAGUUAAAUGAAAAACAAGGUCCUGGAUUUCCUAGAUACUGCCUUUAUGGGCAGUAAAUUCUCAGUGCUAGGUGAUAAUUCUUAUACAUGUAUUUAAAAUAAUAAUUCUGGUAAAUGUAAAUAGAUUUAGAUGUAUUUUUCAGUUGGGUUUAAUAUAAUCAGUAUUAACAGGUAUGAAUAAAACGCUGUGUGAAAUAUAUUUUUGUGUAACAUGCUUAUUGCAUGUAUGGUCCAGUUUGAAUUAUUAUUACUCAGUAAUCAGGAAGUUACGUGUUCAUUUGUCAACUACCAUUUUAUUUUUUAUUAUGAACUGUAAUUAGUGUUAAUGAACUUUCUUAUUAAGAUGUUCAUUUGACAUAAUUUGUUGUAUGUUAAAAAAUAUAUAAAUUGCCUGUAAAAAAUCUUUUUUUUUUGUAUAGUGCUAUUAUUUAUAUUGAUGGCAGCUUGGAAUGUAGUUUACUAAUAUGUAACUAUAGUUACUGUAUUAAACAUUUUCUACCUUUUUCAUGAUACAGGCAGCAUCAGUUGACUUUAGAAAUGUGUUGUGUUUGUAUGGAACACACUGUCGAUAUUCUUUGAAAACCUUGAAUGUCGGUUUUGGUCACUUUUCAGGAGACGAAUAAAAGACAUUUCAUUUUCAAAAACUUUCUGUUGGGUUUUGUUUUCUAUUAUUCAUUUUAAUUGUAAAUGCUGUCAUUGUCAUUUUUAAGAGAUUUUCUCUUUAAUACUUCUUUCCUUUCCAGAGCUGACCUACUUAGCUCAGUAGGGAGAGCGCUGUCUCGCAUUCGAUCCCCAGGCAUGUUCUCUGUAACAGUUUGAUAAAAGACAUUGUGACUGAAAUCAUUCAUUCCCAACCUCUAAUUCAUAUGGGGAAGUUUGCAGUUACUUGUGAAGAAUAGAUUUGUACUGGUACAGGAUCCAGGAACACUUCACGGGUUAAACACCCGCCAUUACUUGACUGAAAUACUGUUGAAAAAUGGCAUUAAAACCCAAAACAAACUUUCCUUUUCAUGCAUUGCAUUGUACAUAUAUUAUAGUUGCUCUGAAAAAAAAAAAACUCCAAUAGUUCAUGUUUUUGUAGUAUUAAAUAGCUGGUUUAGUUGGUAACAUUUAGUACAAAUUAAAUGACAGGCAUUUAAUUGUAUUUCUUACUGUAAAUCAUACAUGUUUUUCAAAACUAUGAAAUACCAGCUUUACAAUUUUGUUAUUUACUCCAGUAUUUUCAGACGAUGAAACCCAGUUAGUUCAAUGAGGGUAACACUACCUUUAGUUGAAAAUCCUCUGAAACACAGAUUCAAGGUUCUUUCUCAUAAGUUAUAUAGGGAUUUCUAAUAUAUGAAAAUCCCCGACUUUUCCGUUGGUUAUCAAUUUCUUUUGUCUUUUACAAUAAUAAUGAAAUGAUGUACCGCCACUGAUUAUACAGGGAAGAAUAAUUACUAGAUAUUGUAUUAUUAUAUUGCCAUUUUCUUUUCUAAGUAACUGGUGUAUGUAGUAACUGUAAAACUAUAUAUGAUUUAUUUUCAUAUUCAGAGAUUGUGUAAUGGCAGGGACAUAUGUUAUGUAAAAUCUUGUAGUUAGACAAUGUAUUGAAAAACUAAUGUUUAUAAUGAAAUGUCUUCUUGAAUAUUUGUCUAAUUUUGUAACAUGUUGAUAUAAAUUGAAAUAAAAAUUGAUUGCAUGAAA